GUUGCUUGAAAUUUCAGCACCUGCAGAUUUCCUCGUGUUGGCAUAGUGCAGUCAGCCACCCCUGUAAGGUGUGAGUUGGUGUCAAUAAACAAAUCUGUUGCUUUAAAAGUGCUUUCAUUCUUUCGAUUAGCCCUGAUGCUUGAGGGUGAUAGGGUAUGUGGUAUACCCAGUGAAUUCCUCUACUGGUAGCCCAGUCUUUCACAGUUUCACCUAUUAUCUGGCUGUAUUUCUUGAAGGUCCCCGUAGCAACUAAUUACCUGCUGCAAUCCCUUUGGUGCAAAUAGGAAUCAACCAUGGUAAAUAUUUAAAUUGUUGCUGCUGUGGCAGGGAUCCGAUGUAAUCAACCUGCCAUACCUGGGCUGGACCAGUUGCCCUUUUAAUGUGGGCAGUCAGCUUCUCUGGGUGCUCUUCUUUUGAUCUGCUGAUAAAUAUCACAUGCAGUAAUAACUUUUGCCAUGUGUACUGGUGUUAUGUACCUGGUUGUCUUGCCCAUUCCAUUGUGCCAUCCACUCCCAAAUGACCAGCCAAAUAAUGUGCCCAUUGUCCCAUCGCACAAAAUUCAGGGUUGUUGACCUGACACACGCAGAUUAACUGGUCCACUUUAUUAUUUGUUGUUUCAUAUGGCAAAGUGUAGCCCGGGAGGGGCAGACGUGAGUUGGAUCAAUCUUUAUCUGGCAUCUCGUCCACAGCCGUUCCAACAUAGGUGGCCCUGAGUUGGCAUCACCUGGUGGAGUCCUUAAAGCACGCAGACCUCCACACGAAAGGCAGCAUGUUGAUCCAGGUCGUGGAGGAGUUUAUUAUUGAAGGCGGGGGAUAGAGAGGCAUCUUUCUGUUUUUGAUCCUGUACAGGUGCAUGAGAAAGGGUGGUAUUGGAAUAUCAAUUGAAAAGCAAUGACUUCGUACAAACCAACUGUAAUCCAGAAGUACCCAAAACUUGGUGAAGCUGUCACACGAGACACAGUUUACUGGAAAAAAUAUAAGGCUCCAGUUCAGAUCAAAGAGUUUGGUGCUGUGACAAACGUAGAUAUUUCUUCAGUUGCUCCCUACAACUAUGCAGUAACUGCCUCUACAAGGAUCCACAUAUAUGGGCGGUAUUCUCAAGAGCCAAUAAAAACAUUCUCUCGAUUUAAUGAUACGGCGUACUGUGGCACAUACAGAGACGAUGGAAAGCUGCUUCUAGCAGGCUGUGAAGAUGGGAUUGUUCGUCUUUUUGAUGUUGAUGGGCGUGCAGCACUUAGACAGUACAGUGGACAUACAAAAGCGGUUCAAGUCGCUGCAUUCUUAUCUGACAAAAAACGUUUAAUGUCUGGAUCAGAUGAUUACUCUGUCCGUCUUUGGGACGUUCCAAGUGCAAUGGAACUUCACACCUUUGCAGAACAUACUGAUUAUGUACGAUGUGGUUGCACUAGCAAUUUGAAUACAGAUCUCUUUGUUACAGGUUCAUAUGAUCAUACUGUGAAGGUGUUUGAUGCCCGAAUGGAUAAAAGCGUAAUGACAAUGGAACAUGGGCAGCCAGUAGAGAGUGUGUUGCUUUUUCCAUCGGGUGGACUUCUUGUAUCAGCAGGUGGUCGAUCUGUUAAAGUCUGGGACCUGUUAAAAGGAGGUCAGUUGUUGGCUUCUUUACGAAAUCACCACAAGACUGUCACUUGUUUGUGUUUAAACAGUUCAGGGCAGAGGCUGCUCUCGGGUUCCCUUGAUAGGCAUGUCAAAAUAUACAGUACAUCGACGUACAAAGUAGUACACACUUUGAAUUAUGCAGCAUCCAUUCUGAGUUUAGCUUUAGCACCUGAAGAUGAAGCCAUUAUUGUUGGAAUGACAAAUAGCGUCCUGAGUAUUCAACAUCGGAAACAGAAUGUAAAGAAGCACCAAGUGGUUGAUGUUGCAAAAGCGAGAAAAGGACCUUCUUACAGAUAUUUCAUUAAAGGAAAAGAUUACAUGCCAAAAAGGGAUGACUUUUUGGUCAACAGACCUAUGCGGCAGCGCCUCAGCAAAUAUGACAAGCUAUUGAAGUCUUUCCAGGUGUCCCUUGCACUUGAUGCUGUAUUGAAGUCACAUAUCAGGAUAAAGACCCCAGAAGUUACAGUUGGUGUAAUGCAAGAGCUUAAACGCAGAGGAACACUUCAAAAUGCACUUGCAGGACGAAAUGAGAAGCAACUUGCUGUCAUUCUUGACUUUCUUAUCAGGAAUGUUGUUAAGCCGAGGUUCACUUCUAUUUUAGUAAAUGUUGCUGAGAUUAUUAUUGGUGUUUAUAGUUCUGUGAUUGGUACGUCACCAGUGAUUGACAAGCAGUUCAUAAACUUACAGCAACUAGUGGGAAAAGAGAUUGAUUAUCGGGAAGGUCUGCUUGGAGUGCUUGGAAUGAUGGACACACUUUUUGCUACCAUGACAACCAAAAAGGAAGCAGUUGUACCUGGAAGUCAGAUUUGUGCCUUAGUUGCUGGAGCUGCACAAGAAAAAACGACGACAAUUGCAUAGAGCGAGGCCUCUUCACUGUCAUGUUUUAGUACACUAGUACAAAUUUAUCCUUAAAGCCCUCUGAUUUAAAAGCAGACAUUGUAGAAUGCUCUUGUGCAAUAGCCAAAAGCAAUGUUAUGUAUUAUUUUCCAUUGGUUUGAUGUAAUACAUUGAUGUCAAGACAAUGUAGGAUCUAUGAAUUUCUGAAUUUAACAGAUAAAUAUUUUUAUAUGUUUUCUGAAGGGGCAACAAAUCUUUACCAAUUGUGAGGUUUUACCUUUUAACGUUUUAGGUGCUAAGUGAUGGACAAAAAUGCAGCUAUGUUCUGCAGAAAUGAUAAUCUAGAUCAGAGCCUCGUAUAAUGGACAAAUAAAGUUUAACUUAAAGGUAACAAUGCAACCAUGAUCCUGUAGCUAUUACAAUAAGACGAGCAAAAACACUGUAAACUGGAAUACAGAGCCCAGAUUGUACACUGUUUUCUUGCAAUGAGUUCAGCAUAAGUUUAAAAAAAAACUAUUGAGAGCUAGUUCUUGAGAUAGCUCCUAUUACCAGGAGGUAAAAACUCAGCACCAGUUGCUUACUGCCUAGCAAGCAAUUGCUAAAUUAUGAGUCGAACUUGGCAAAUUCAUGGAUCUCGUGUAACAUUUGUAUGCUUAUUGGAUGAAUAUUUGUGAGCAUGUAAAGGUCAAGAGAGUUUAAAGAAGUGUCCUGAGGAAGCUAACCUUAGUCAAGUGAUGGAUAAACAAUUAUCUUUACCUUUCCUGGCAAGGGAGGUGAAAAAUGCAACCAUUUCCUUUCCCAAUUGUUGUCCAUUAUUAACUUCACACCAGAAAUUUUUGACUUGAGAAGAUCAACCUCUCCUAUCAUCUUACUUAAGAUCAAAAUGUUAGUCAUCUUGCUGAGUUACAUUUAAAGAAAUCUCUGAUGAAAUUUUGAUGUAAUUGGAAGUGCUAUAUUCUUGAGAAUCCUUUACAAUUGAGAAGAAUGAGCCAGUGAAAUAAUUAUUUGUCAAAGUGUUCCUACAAGGAGUUUUAUUUUGAUGGGAAGGUCUCAUUAUUUGCUGCAAAAGCAAUUUGAAAACACACUCUGAAAAUAUUCUGCACAGUAAAGAUAUUUUGAGAUGGAAAUAUAAAAGAAGAAUGCUUGAUAUGGUGGUCAUUGUGAACAAAUGUUGGUCAUUGUGAAAAAAGUUAUUUCAACAAGUAGUUGUUUUAUUUUUAUAGCUAUGUCUCAUUAUUUGGUCUCAUAAUUUUCGAAGACCCAAUCUGCUCAGUAAGGGUGACUUGGGAUGAAAAUAUGAAAGAUAUACUGAUCAUUGUGAACAAGAGCUUACCAAGGAACUGUCAGUGGUAGAAUUAAGUCAGAUGCUAAUUUACUAUAUUUGUUUUACCAGGAGCAACCCACUAUUAGUUUAUAAAAUUGUACCUAUUGUGCAUGUAACUAUAACUUAUAAUACUGAUCAAUGGAAGAGCUAAUUCAUAAAUGGUUCUGUAUUGUAUUUAAUGUGUCCAUAGCUAAGUAUGCAGCACAUUCUUGCCGUUCUUGCAUUCAGCAAUUGGGUAGAAUGGUGGGCAAUCAUUAGUAUUAAUCUUAAUGCUGAAAUCUCAGGAGGUUUAUGAUCAAUUUUCCCAGCGUAGGAUGUCAGAUCGUGGCCUAGAUAAAGAGAUCUUCUUUCCUGUAAUUGCCUAAAAAUAGUUUUGAGGUAAGAUUCAAAUCUAGUUGAGAAUCAAAGUAUGGGAAUGGUUUGCAGAUGGCAAGUAUUUUGAAAAACAAUUGUCAGACAUUACAUUUCCCUUCAGUGUGAAUCUCAAUGUUGUGCUAGUGUUAGGUCUAAUUCAUUUCCAUUGUCCAGAGCAAAUCUGUCUAAAGUAUGGAAUUAUUUAAAAAUAAACAAAUAAGGUUGCUGGUUCACAUACUGACUAUGAAUUAUUAGUUGAAUUUCAAUAACAUGCUUGAAUGUUUUUAUUAUAUACAGAGCCUUGAUUAGGCCCUGAAAAUACAUACUUCAAUACUCUGUAUACAUCUUAUUUUGUUAGUAGUUUACUUGUCAUGCAGUGUCAUUUCUGUAUUGUUUCUGAUUGCUUGAUUUUCAAAUCACUGACUGUAAACACAUAGUUCAGUCUUGGUUGUUUAUCUAAUUUCUUUGUCUUGUAGUUAAAUCUUCAAGAUGAGGGGUCAGCACCUUAGAAUUCUGUAUUCUAAUGAUGAGGUAUAAGCACAAUAUUGGCUAAUCAGAGGGCAAUGCCACUUGAUUUUGACUUCCACUUGCCUUUGAAGCCAGGGCUGCUUCUUUGCCACUCUCCAUAAAUACCCUUUUGUGCAAGUCCUGAGACUCUGGAGCCAUGAACUUCAUCUCCAGUUGCAGUCACUAACUUCUGCAGCUCCCUCAGAGUGACUGUUGGCGCCACAGUAACCUCUCUUACAAGCACCAUUCUUCUCUGGUGACUAGGUUUAGAGGGGUGGCCUGACCUAGGCAGCAUGGCUGUGGUUUCAUAAAUUUUCCAUUUUUUUCACAAUAGACUGCUUUGAGCUCAGGUAUGUUUAGUGUCUUUGAGAGCCUCUUGUACCCUUCCUCAGAUUUGUGCUUCUCUGUUAUCAUUUCUCUUGCCUUGAAUAGUGUUUUGUCCUCAUUUUGGUUUGGUCUGUGGAAAAUCUACCAUACUGUUGAACAUUACAGAGAGAAGGGGUAAUUAUUCAGGUAAUCCUCCAAUUUUCUACAUCAACCAAUUGGAUGAGUUAGUAGGGUAAUGUACAGUAUUGCGCCAGAGGAAAUAUAAUUACAAAGGAGAUGAAUACUUUUUCAGUCUCAAUAUUGGUUUUAAUUUUUAGUAAAUUAUUGACAGGUGUUGGAAUUUUUCUUUUGAUUUGAUAUGAUGCACAAUGUUUUGUAGAUUAGCCCAAAAACAUACUUCAACAUAUUUUAAAUGUAGAAAGUAAAAUGUGAAAAUAGUUGUGAGGGUUGAAUACUUUUUCAAGGCACUUUACAAUAAGCACUUUGACCUGUUGUGCCUUGAAGUGAAGUGCAGCAUUUUUUCAAGGUAUUAACUUGCAUUGAGAGACAAUUAGACAAUAACGUGUUGUUCAGUUUCCUUUUUAUUUGUGGUAAUUGAGCCUGCUAUAAGUGGUAGCAGCGCUGUCUCUGAUUCUAGCUUCCUAGCAUUGAAUUAAACAUUUUUCAUCAACUGUUGAAGAAGACUUUUAGUUUAGCCAAAAUAUAUUAAUUUCAUUGUAUAGCACCCAACUGCUUUCCAUGUUGAGCUUUUUUUCAAUGAAACCUCACUGGGAAUUGAGUCCAGUUAUGCAUUGGGUUUCCCAGUUGAGCAAUGAAUGAAUAGUACAGGCUUUUUAAAAGUUUACAAGUAAUUUUUUCCUGUAAUUGAAAUUGUGGUAUUAAGGGAUAUGCUCUUCUCCAAGAGAUUUCUCUCCCUCAGAUCGUCUGCUCUUUCCCUAUCUUAUGUUUUCAUUUUCUUGUUUCCUCUGGUUAUUUUAAUAUUAAACUGAAUAUGAGUCAACUAAAGCUAUGU